AUGAAUCAAUAAAGAAGAGUUGAUACUAGACAAUUCAGCACCUAUCCACUUCCAGGUGAAAUCUUAUCAGAUCUCUAGGAUGCUUUCAAGUUCUAUGACAAGGAGGACAGUGGUUAAAUCACUAUCACUCACUUUAGAAACAUCUUACACAACUUCGGUUUCAAUAAAAUGACUAAGAAAGAAAUCGAUGAUGAACUUAAGAAAAACGAUAUCGAUCCAAACAAGAGGACCUUUGUUGAUUUUGACUCAGUUAGAUUAGCAGUAUCAUACAGAUGGAACAAAGGUGGAAGAGAGGAAGAGGCUAGAGACUGUUUCAGACUCUUUGAUAAAAGAGACAAAUCAUACAUCACAGCUAAUGAUCUAAAGCAGGUUCUACCAAACUAUCUCGAAUUCCCUGUUACUGAUGUUGAAAUUCAAGAAUUAAUCGCUGAGUGUGAUCCUAACGGAACUGGAAAUAUAGCAUUUAGAGAUUUUGCUAGACUUUACAAUGCAUGA